AUGCUUCUGCUGCAUCAUUUAGAGGCAAACAUUAUUAAGAAAGAACAUAUUUCAAACUGAGACACGUGUUGCCAUGACUCAAGUCUGAUGGCUGGCCGGAAAUUUGAUUGAUCAAGAAAGGACAGAAAAAAAAGAGCGCAGACUAAAACGCUACCGCUGACCUUUGUGCCAGGGUUGUUGUUGUCGUCACGUGGUUGGUGGCCCUAGUCAUGGUGUUGCCACCUCCAGACAAGCGCCACGUGUGUCUCACCACCAUAGUCAUCAUGACCAGCAUGGCCUUUAUGGACGCCUACCUGGUGGAGCAGAACCAGGGGCCACGCAAGAUUGGUGUGUGCAUCAUUGUGCUGGUGGGCGACUUCUGCUUCCUGAUCGUGCUCCGCUACGUGGCGGUGUGGGUGGGUGCUGAGGUGCGAACGGCCCGCCGUGGCUACGCCAUGAUCCUCUGGUUCCUCUAUAUCUUCGUCUUGGAGAUCAAGCUCUACUUCGUGUUCCAGAACUGCAAGGCUGACCGCAAGAGCCUGGAGGUGGUGGCCCGCAAGGCGCUCACGCUGCUGCUCUCGAUAUGCGUCCCGGGGCUCUACCUGAUCUUGGUCGCGCUGGACAGCAUGGAGUACGUCCGCACCUUUCGCAAGAAGGAGGACAUGCGGGGACGGCUCUUCUGGGUCGCUCUGGACCUUCUGGAUCUGUUGGACAUCCAGGCCAACCUAUGGGAGCCGCAGCGGACAGGCCUGCCCAUCUGGGCAGAGGGCCUGAUGUUCUUCUACUGCUACAUCCUGCUGCUCAUACUUCCCUGCGUGUCCCUGAGCGAGAUCACUGUCCAGGGCGAGCAGGUGUCGCCCCAGAAGAUGAUGCUCUACCCGGUGCUGAGCCUGGUCACCAUCAACGUGGUGACCAUCCUGAUCCGCGGUGUAAAUAUGGUGCUCUUCCAGGACAGCCGCGUCUCCACCAUCUUUGUGGGCAAGAACGUAGUGGCCAUCGCCACCAAGGCCUGCACCUUCCUGGAGUACCGGCGGCAGGUGAAGGAGCUUCCACCACCGGGUGCCGCCGGCAUAGCUCUGGAGCUUCAACAGAACUCAGUGCCACACGGCCAGGCACUGCCCAACGCCACCAGUCUGCCACACGAACCCACACCCGCCCAGGAGAUCAUCGACACAUGACCGGGGCAGAGCCGACUGAUUGACACUCAUGGCUGCCAGUCGGCAUUCUUCCUGCUGACUGUGGGCACCACUGAUUGGACAGGUCCCGGUUUGAAUCACUACUGAUUGGACAGGUCCUGGUUUGGGGGGAUGGGUUGAUCACUGCUGACUAAGGACACCCCAGUCAUAAGCCUGGUAUGCGUUACAAAGUUGGCCUUUCUACACUGUCUAUCAAAGCUAGAAAACAAAACAGACUCUAGUAUCUCCGGUCAAAUCCUACUAAAAAAGACUUGACGACCAGACUGAUAUGAUGAAGCUCUGCUAUAUGUCACUGAUGUGAGAUGUGUUUUUAAUUGUGUGAACAUUUUUUCUAAAAAAAUGAAAUGAAAACUAGUGAAAGAAAGCUUGUUCGACAGACCCUUUUUUCUGAUCCAGAAUGAUAGCUUAAAAUCUUUUUUAAUUUGAUGGUCCUGUGAGAGUUACAAAUGACACGUUUACCUGUAAGAUCUCUCUGUUUUCUUUUGUAAUGCAACUGACAGGGCAUACAGAACUCACUUCUCAAUUGUAGACAGGAAUUUGAAAAGAGAAAUGGGAAAGGGACUGCUCAACAAAUAGGAGAAAACUCAGAGUGAAAGGCUGAGAAGAUGAAAGAAAGGAACUAACAGAGGGAGAAUUAAGAAUCCCCUCUCUGGAAUUAAGAAUCUGGAACAGCUCUAGAAGGAAGGUCUGAGGAAGCAUUUUUGUCAGAGGUCCCCAUAUUUUAAGUCUUUGUGAUGGAAUGCUGAAAAGAGGCUCAGGAGAUCAGCAAC